GCCUUUCAACAAAGUUAUGAUAAAAUCUGCUCAUCAGUCAAUAACAAAAUAUCCUUAAUGAUAAUAAAAACCAAACAUCUAAAUAGUUUAAUAGUUUGUGUCACAUAUGUCUGUACAGUAGAUGGCGGUAUUGCCCUGUUUAAGAGUGUCACAACAUUGCUGUUUACGGCAGAAGAACUGCUUUACGGUAGACCAAAAAACGUGACUGCUGCUCUUGUGUGUUGUUACCGCGCUGGGAGGAAGUUAAUAAAAAAACAGCCUACAAUAAACCUGCUUAAGAAACCAAGAACUCGCCCUCGAACAUUCUACAGUUUAUAGCUCAGAAAGGAGAGCUUUCCGGUGUCUUUAAAUACACGCAGGGAUAUGGAGGAACACGCCGCGAAGGAUUGUGGGCGUGUCCCUGGUGUCCCUCCAGUCCAGAGAGAAGGUGCGGGGCUGCGCCGGCUGCAACGGGAGGAUCCGGGACCGCUUCAUGCUGCAGGCCUUGGACCGCUUCUGGCACGAGGACUGUCUGAAGUGUGCCUGCUGCGACUGCCGCCUGGGCCGGGUGGGCUCCAGCCUCUACACCCGGGCCAACCUCAUCCUGUGCCGCCGGGACUACCUCAGGCUGUUUGGAGUGACAGGAAACUGCGCCGCCUGCAGGAAGUUAAUCCCGGCCUUCGAGAUGGUGAUGAGGGCGCGGGACAACGUCUACCAUUUAGACUGCUUCGCCUGCCAGCUGUGUCGCCAGAGAUUUUGUGUGGGAGAUCGCUUCUUCCUGAAGAACAACAUGAUCCUGUGCCAGCUGGACUACGAAGGCGGCCAUCUUAACGGCAGCGCGCACUGAGAGCUGACGUUAAAAAAUGACGAGGUGGACCAGAAGGAGAACCGCUUGGACUUUGUCUCGUUACGACUUUGAAGCUUCUUUGUUUUAAGCUUCUGUGAACGCUGACAAGUCAAGACCCGACAGACCAGAAAGUUCCGGAAAAGACCGAACGAUUGGAGGACGGAUCUUUUUGAAAAAUUCUUCUCAAACUAUAUUCCAUGUUGAACAAAAGCGAGGCCGAGGACAAUCCAGUCUUUCUUUUCAUAGCUUGCGCCAAAGAAAAGCUCUCAUGUUGGUUACAUGAUUAUUAUUAUUACUUUCUAAAGAUGUGUAUACAUAUGCAGAGUUUGACGAUUAAAUUGUCUUAUUUAGUAGAAAUCUUUUACGUGACAUUAAAAAAAAAAACAUAAAAUAUUUUAUUUGUGGCGGAAAAGUGAUGACAUCAAAGAACAGAAGUCAUGUUUUUAGCUACAAAAACCAAGAUAUAGGAUUUUUACACCUUAGACUAAUCCUAUUUUGAGCGGCACCAUAAAUAUUAAAACAUGUAAUAAAUAUAUGAUAGACUGUACAAGUGUCUUAUAUAAAUAAAGGUAUCUAAAGUUGUGUUUUGGCGUCACUUGGUGGCCACAGUUUGUAAUUGCAGCUACUGAGAUAAUAAGAAUGUUUAUACAUUAAAAGGCUGGGGUAAUCCUUUUUUAACCGGCACCAUAAAAUAUUGAAACAAAUAAUGAACAUCUAAAAUGUGGGAAAGAUUGUUCCUUCAGUGUCUUAUGGUAAAUAAAAGUUGUCUUUGAGGAGGAUAGAGGUAUCUAAAGAUGUGAUUUGGCGUCACUUGGUGGCCACAGCUUGUAAUUACAGCCACUGAGAUAAUAGGAUUUUUACACAUAAAAGGUUGGACUAAUCCUAUUUUGAGCGGCACCAUGUAUGGAAGUAGAAUUGUCUCACAUCAACUUAUAUAUAUCAA